AAAGACCAUUGUUUAACCAUUUCAUUGUCAGAAUGUGUGUGUAUAUAUGUAUUGUAUAUAUAUGUAUGACCGGAGGAGGUGGUGGUAGAUGGCAGCUAAUUUUUCCGGUGAAGUGCAAAGACAGCCGUUGAAUUUGUCACAACUCACAGUGUUGAGCAAAACUAUAAAGGUUUAAAGUCGUAAAAUCCCAUAUAGUACCUAUAAUGUAUUUCGCCUCUUCUCUUUCAAGCUUCCAUUUCACUUAUAAAGGCGCAAGUUCAGCAACAUUUUGUAACAAUAAAGCAUUCGACGACUUCAGUAGAGGUUAAAAUCCUAUAUAGUAAUUAGAGACACAGAAACGCCGCCAUGGCUGCGGCUCUUCCAAGGCUUUCGCUCUCGGGCACACUCCUGGUGCACCCCAAUCGGAAAACACUAACAGCAGCGCUAACGACGUCAUCAGUGGACACCAAGCAGAGAUUGCCUUAUAACCCACAUCGCACCUACCCUGCUAAACCCCAAAAACCCCAACUUGAUCUGACUCCCACGCUUUCCACCUCCAGCAUAUCGGUUUCCGACCUCCUGAAACGCGCCACUCCCGCCCCCUCCUCUACCACCGCCAAAGGGACUCUCUGUGAAAGUGAAAUGACGUACUUGGGAUACGAGAGAUGGCUUCCCAGUCCUCCCAAGGUGGAGAAGCCUCGUUCUGUUUUCAACGCGGCAUCGUUGGCUUACAUUGGAGACUGCAUUUACGAGUUAUAUGCUCGAAGACACUUUCUUUUUCCUCCUUUGAAUAUUGAAGAAUACAAUGAUCGUGUGACGGCAGUUGUGCGUUGUGAGGCCCAAGAUGCGAUGCUGCAAAAACUUAUUAAUGAUGAUUUCUUGUCAGAACAAGAAAGGGAUGUGCUUCGUUGGGGGAAAAAUGUUGGUUCAUCAAAAACAAGGACCAAAAAGCGUGCUGGGGUGGCUGUUUACAACAGGGCCUCUUCACUGGAAACUCUUGUUGGCUUUCUGUAUCUGACAAAUGUUGAACGUUUAGAGGAGAUCAUGCUGAUGUUGGGCUUCUGUUCUGGUGCUUCUGACCAGUCAAUUCCAAAGGAAGAAGACAGCAACUAGAAUUGCGGGUUAUGUGAAUUUUCAAUGUCGCAGACAAUGGCAAUUUGGCGAUGGUGAUGACGAAAGACAAUCUUUUGCUCCAAAUUCUUAUAGUUGGCCCUUUUUACUUCUGCAUUGCCUGAUGGCAUAGAACAAUUUGAACGUUUGUUGAUAUUUUGGUGCAGCUCCUUUUUGCACAUUAUUGGUGUUUCAGAACACAGCUGUCAGAUGCCAAGAUCAACAUGAUAUAGGCUAUAGCCAGGACCAAGUACCCAGUGCCCAGCUAUCGUCUGAACAUCACUACAGAAGUUGAAAAAUCCGAAGCGGAUCAUGCUUUAAACUCUGCUCGAAUAUGCUUUGGAAUUUCAGCGUUCACUUUUUCUUGUUUGUUAAAUAUUUAUGCGUGAUCCAGUUUCUUUUGCUACACUCCCCACUUUUCCUUUUUGCCAUUUUCGCGACCGCUGUUAACUCAGCGGUGCUGGCAGCUAAGGGAAAACCUGAAAAUUGAACCACUUUUUGAAGUCCUGAACGGUUGGAAAUCAGAAUGGUAACUUGACAUAAUAAA